UGAUGUCUAACAGGGCCGGCGGUGUCCACCUUUCGCACAUCGCUGUACCGUGUUGACGCAUAUCUAAUACGCAUUUAGAGAUAGAAUGGUGUAAUCGUGCCGCUAGUCGGCUAGGUGGUUAGGUAGCGGUAGAGUAGUGCGGUAGCGGUCCGGGGCAGGUGCGGAUCGGCCGGGCAGCAGCCGGCUAGGGCAGAUCGGCAGUUGGCAGUCGACAGGCGGCAGGUCGACAGACACUGUCGGGCGACGCAGCAGCUGGCGGUGUUUACACGCCGCAACUCACGCCUCCGCCUGCACCCACGGGCCCUCGCUUCGUGCGCUUGCUCGCUGCAAUACACCGUUCAUAUUACAUUCGUCGCUGUGAAUAUUUAAACUUUAUGAACGAGCUAUCUUAGAGGUAUUUAAUGUUUAUUCAAAUUGACUCUCUGCAGAGAGCACAGUCGUAGAGCACAUCACAGUGUCACGAGCCGUUCACAUUCGCAUCCGAUACGAUUGCCAUAACUCAUUUUAAGUGAUAUCGCGGUCCGAUAGUUAUGGGUGCCAUGGGUGCUAAAGAAAGUGUGGAGGCUGCUAAAUUUUCUUCGCAAAAUUGGAAUAAUUUCGAGCAUGGCGGUGUGAAGCAUCAUCAUAGACACGGUACUCAGCGUUCGCAGAGUUUGAACCGUGGGCACUCUUUGUCGCGUUCUGAUGCGACCUGGUGACAUCACGGGACCACGGGCAGCGUAGUUCAGUGCGCCGAAUGUGGCGCGCGCACGAUGGGUAACAAACUAUCGUGUUCCUGCGCACCAAUCCUCCGCAAGGCAUAUCGCUAUGAGGACAGCCCGUGGCAGAAUUCCCGACGACGUGAUGGACAUCUCUUGAGACUUUGGGCAGAAGUAUUUCACGUGUCAGCGAGUGGCGCUGGCACCGUGAAGUGGCAGCAGGUAUCCGAAGACCUGGUACCUGUGAACAUCACCUGCAUACAGGACUCGCCAGAAUGCGUGUUCCAUAUUACCGCAUACAACUCCCAAGUCGACAAAAUCCUUGAUGUUAGACUAUUGCAACCUGGCACUCGUAUUGGACAAGCAUCUGAAUGCUUUGUGUAUUGGAAAGAUCCCAUGACCAACGACACUUGGGGCUUAAACUUCACAUCUCCAAUAGACGCAAAGCAGUUUAGAGAAUGUUGCUCGCCUUCAUUUAAAUUCUCACGGAAGGCAUCUUCGAGCUACAGCCUGAAGCUGGAGCCGCCGGGGAGCAAACAAAAAUUCAAGACGAAGAGGAAACCAGUCUCGACACCAGCGAGUCCAAAUCGAUCAAGUCUUAGUUACGGACGCGAGCCACAGUGCACCUGCAUGACCCAGGAGCAGUACGCCAGGCUGAGGGCACAGGAUCCAAGAUACCGCUCAUCAACAUUACCGCGUACCACCACUCGGGCUAUAGAGACAGACGCGGCGGCGGCGGCUGGGCGAGCCGACAAAGUGGCUGCUGCGACCUCAUCCACAUCACUCUACGACAACGUCGCUACAACUCAGCCCGCUCAACAGCCGCCUAAACCCGCGGCACGUCAAAGUGAGAGUCAACCGCCUGCUCGUCCGCCGAAGUCUCAAGAAACAUCUACGAUGACAACCAAUACUUCAACAGCGCCUAAGACUGUUACCGCUUCGGUUGGGACACAUGGAAAUACAACCACCGAAGAGACGACGCAAGUAUCGAGCACUGGAUCGACAAAUCAACACGGCCAAGAUUUGAAAUCUGAAGGCGUUCAAGCUGGAGGCACUUUGACAUCUUCCAAAUCAUCAGCAACAUCCACUCGUGCUGGCAAGGAACAUCUACAGCAUAUGCCUAAGAGCAUUGAUUAUGGAGAUGGCAAUGAAUCGGGUCGUGAGUCAGAAAGACAUAUGCAUAACCACAAUGUGAUUAACAACAACACGUCGGGUUCGCGUCGCACAAAGUCCAAAAGCACUGAAGAUAUGAAUAUGGAUCCAAACACGUUGAAACGUAUGCUCAAGCCAAUGCCCUCUACUGAGAGUCCCAUCACGUCCCCAGAAAUGGGACGAAGGAGGUACGCGGCCUGUCCCUCAUCCUGCUCGCACUCACAUCGCCAUCCUCACCAUGGACAUUACACACACGUCAUCAAUAAUAAUAGCAGGCAGUCAUCACAGCGGUAUUCGUCUGCUAGCCGUGGUGUCGGCGUGGGUGCCGCCCCAAGUGGAUAUCCCGGGCGUGGUCUGUAUUUGGAGCUGGGUGGCGGCGAGAGAGAUGUGUCACCACCCUCAGAUAACGUCAUGUUUGACAAUCAAUGCUAUGCAACCACACCCUCGUCGUCUAAUGGCAACUCAGACCAAGAGCAUUGUCAACGCCGAGAUCCGAGACAACAUCAUCACAUGAAGCCGUGUCUAUCGCGCCAAGCAUCACAGCAGAGCGCCACUCCGGCGCCAGGAUCUCCUACAUCACGUCUACUGUUGGAAUAUGAGAUGCAUCUAAGGAAUACAUUAGCUAAAGGAAUGGAUGCUGAGAGCUACAGUUUGCAUACAUUUGAAGCGCUUUUAAGUCAGAGCAUGGAAGACUUGGCAUUUGUUUUAGAAUACAACGAAAAUCUACCACCUUCUAAUCAACGGAGUCCAUAUCCACCACGACGACGUCCAGGAUCUCAAUGUUCAGGCGGAGGAAGCCGCUCAUCAACACUUCCGCUUCCGCAUCGAAUAGGGGUUGAAAGGCAGCACAGUGCGCGAUCUGACCGCGAUGGAUAUUACAGCGAUCGCAAUGAAUUAAUGAGGGAACGAGAGAGGGAGCGGGAACGCGAGAGGGGGUAUCUCAGUGAUCAUAAUACAAGAGAUCGAGUUAGGGAUCGUGACCAAGGUUACCUGAGUGAUCAUCAAUCAAGUUUCGUGAGCGCAUCAAGAUGUGCCUCGUGUAUCGGAGAGUCUGCUCGCUCUGCGUGGUACCGUCACUCAGAUGGGUGGAGGGGGCAACAGCCUUCUGGUCCUCGCCGCUCCCCAUGGGACUCUCUCCCCAGCCUGCGUCACGAGGGAAGCCUAAACGACUCCGGAUAUAGAAGCAAUCGGGCUGAUAGCUUCGAACAACGUGGCAUGUUUGAUCGCCAAGACAGUGUACGUUCUGAAUACACAAGUGAUCGGGAGUCAUCUCGCUACGGCAUCGUACAACAGGCCUCAAUCGACAGCACAGAUUCCAGGAUUUGCUAUUUGACUUCAAGUGAGAUAUCGGACGAUGAUCGCAUGUCAUUGACGACGGCUGUGUCUGAUGAAGAGGAUCCUGGUGAGAGCGCAAUGAAUUCACCGUACAAGGGUAAACAAACGGGAGCUGCAGCCGCCUCUUUCAAUUGCACUGGUGCUGUGAGGAAAGCUGGAUUUUUGAGCGUCAAAAAGUGGCUGUUACGGAAAAAACAUCAAAUCGAGCUGGCCCGGAAACGAGGCUGGAAAGGAUAUUGGGUCUGCCUCAAAGGCACUACUUUGCUUUUCUACCCCUGCGAUUCACGCGAGGGGCGAUCCGUGGAAGCUGCACCUAAACACCUAAUAAUCGUGGACGGAGCAAUUAUGCAGCCCAUACCAGAGCAUCCAAAACGCGAUUACAUAUUCUGUCUGAGCACUGCAUUCGGCGAUGCAUAUCUAUUCCAAGCGCCGUGUCAGGUGGAGCUCGAAAACUGGGUGAAUAGCAUACAUAGUGCAUGCGCUGCGGCGUUCGCCCGCCACCGAGGCAAGACCGGAACGCUUCAUCUACUUCAAGAGGAAAUUUACCGCCUCGAAAAAGCCAUAGAAUCGGAUCACAAAUUGAAACACAUGGCAGAUCUACAACAGUCGGUGGUAUCUGACCCGGAAACAAGGGCUCAGUUGGCAGUGCAAAUGCUACAAUGGGAGGAGAAUCUUGAACGACUGCAUUGCGAACAAUUCAGGCUUAGAUGUUAUAUGGCCAGUCUGCAAAGUGGCGAGCUUCCAAACCCAAAGUCUCUGCUUACACAUGUUUCCCGGGGCACAAAGAGCACAUUGAACAAAUUGGGUGUGUUCACCGUGUCGUCUUUUCACGCGUUUAUCUGUGCCCGUUCCCCAUCUUUGCUCAACAAUUUGCUCGCGGGCAGAGGGGCCACUAAGCGAAGGGCGCCUAAUCUAUCAAGAUCUAAUUCGGGCUCCAGCCGGCGGUCUAUGCAGAUGUCCCGUGAAGAGGGUGAAGCUGCAGUACGGGUGUCAUUGCCUGAAGGAACUACCGCCACCGUUGGUGUUCGUGAAGGAAUGACAGUUGAGGAGUUCCUUGCCUCUGCGUGUGUGCGUCGUUCGCUUAACGCGCUGGAACACUUUGUGAGGGUGAAGAAACGACGUGAUAUGGAAGACCAUAAUUACUUUGUGCCACAUCGUUCGGAUCUCAUUGAGACUUAUUUGCACACACACGAGGUAGUGGAAGUUUGCGCGAAGAUUUUAUACCAAGUAGAACUGCAACGCACAACUUUGGAGCAAAUGUGGGGCUUUAGCGUAGAGGCCGAGCUCAUUGAGAACGCCGAGAGACAAGACGAGCUUUGUUGUUACGUCAGUCGCGUUGAAGACAAGAGCGUCGCCAUGCAAAAUGGUAUCAUAAAAGGUGAUGAGAUAAUGGUGAUCAACGGUGCAAUAGUCUCCGACCUAGAUAUGAUGUACCUUGAGAGCGUGCUGCAAGAGGAGCUUUCUCUCGUCAUGAUGAUGAGGUCAUCCCGUACGGAGCCGCCAGAGAUAAGCGGUGCGAUGCGCGCGGCCACCGACGAUAUAAUCGAUUCGCUGGUAUGCCCUCCGCCGCCCACCGAUCCACCCGUCAUCUCCGAUGACAUGAUAUCUGGGCUCAUCGUGCCCGCGCCUGCUUGGAGCAAGGAACUGUACAGUCCUGAAACCGACGGACAUACGGACGCAGCAUCGGGACCACCCAAAGUUAGUUCUCGAACUAACUCAUUUGAGAUCGAAAACCUACUCAAGUGUGGGGAUGUGCGUCAGAGCGCGGAGCAGGUGACUGGCUGGUGCCGGUCCCCGGGUGACACGCGUCGCGCGAGCCCCACUGGUAGCCUCGCGAGCGCUGCGGUUACCCCCUCAAGGCACCUGUCUGACGCUGACAAGCUGAGGAAAGUACUCUUGGAAUUGGUGGACACGGAACGCGCGUAUGUCAAGCACCUUAAUAAUUUACUGGAGAAUUACUUGGAACCGCUGAAGAGGGAAACUUUUUUAUCGAACGCGGAAAUCAACGCUUUGUUCGGAAACAUUCAGGAGAUUGUAACUUUCCAAAGACAGUUCCUACAAAACUUAGAAGAAGCGCUGGAAGCUGAACCUAACUUCCAUCAUUUAGAAUUUUCUAAUCAGUUCAAGAAUGUUCUAUUCGCUGUUGGAAAUGCAUUCCUUUAUUACGUAAAUCACUUCAAAUUAUAUAGCUCAUUCUGCGCUAGUCACAGCAAAGCUCAGAAAGUCUUACAUCCGAAUGAAGGCAACCAAGCGUUGCAAGAGUUCCUUGCGGCUCGCAAUCCAAAGCAACAGCACUCAUCUACUUUAGAAUCGUAUUUAAUUAAACCGAUUCAGCGAAUACUUAAAUAUCCGCUAUUACUUCAACAACUCCGAAAUUUGACUGAUGUCAACUCUGAAGAGCAUCUUCAUUUAGUUGAGGCUUUAAAGGGUAUGGAAAAGGUUGCUGAACAUAUAAAUGAAAUGCAACGAAUUCACGAGGAAUAUGGUGCUAUCUUUGAUCACUUAUUUAGGCAACAUCAAAAGUCAUGUAAGCAACCAAUAGAUUUAAGUCCAGGUGAUUUGCUAUAUUAUGGAGGCGUAGAGUGGUUAAAUAUAUCGGACUUCCUAGGAAAAAUUAAAAAGGGACUAGAAUUACACGCUAUGUGUUUUGUAUUUAAAUCCGCCGUUGUCUUCCUUUGCAAAGAAAGACUGAGACAAAAAAAGAAAUUGAUGGGCGUCUCAUCAAAGAAUAAUUCCAAUGAAGUAGAGAUAAUUAGGUAUCAAGUGUUAAUACCAGUUACUGAGGUACAAGUUCGUGCUUCGUCAGCUAAAGAUAUGGACAGUCACUUCUUGUGGGAGCUCAUACAUUUAAGAAGUCAACUUCAGCGUCGCUCAGAAAAAGUAUAUGUCCUGUCUAACAGUACGGCUGACUUCCGCAAUGCCUUCCUCAAGACAAUACGUCAAAUAAUACGUGAGUCGGUUCGCAAUAUGUCGCUUCCAACCACACGGCCGGCGCCAACACCACCGCGGGCGCCCCACACCCUCGACAGACCUAAGCAACAGGUACAAGUAAUGCAAGGAUCUCAAACUUUAGGGAAAACAAAGAAACCGAAAACAUCUGGACAGAGAUUAUCUGCCGGCAACAUUGAGGUCGGUAAUCUGUCACGAGAUAAUUCUCAAGACGCCGAAGACACUCCGCAAGAAGAAGAUCACUCGUUCAGACUUAGAAGCAAAACAGUCGGUGAGGCACCAGCGUGUGAGAGCAUAAAGCGCACUCCGCCGCCUCCGCCGCCCACAGACACGGAGAAGUCCGAGGGCGGGUCUAAGUCCGAAGGCGAAGAUGAACCCCCAGCACCACCCGCCAAGAGAGGGUUAGGACGCACUCCCAACCACCUCACGCUCAGCACAACAUCCACCCUAAGCGCUGGAAGCACUGGCAGCCAAGCCCGCCUCAUCCAAUCGUCACAUCAACCCACCCAAUAUCAACCCACUAUGGUCAAAGAGCUAGGGUCUCCAGUGUGGAAACCGCGCGAGGUGUCGGAGGCCCCCGCCCCCACCACCCUGCCCCGCUCGCAGCGCCCUGCGCCCCGCGCCCCUCACCUCUCCGCCAGUCGCAAGUCGCUGGCGCCGGACCACAGACAUUAAAGCGCAUUCAAGAUUGUCUAAUUCAUAAAUAAAUAUAGGUACCGUUUCUUUUAUAGACCCCAUGCGUAACCUAUUCAAUAAUUUUUGGGUUAACUCGGUUAUUUAAGAAGGAAGAUUAUUCAGGAGUUGACUAAUAUAAUAGAUACUGUAUUUCCUGGCGAACGCUGACUUACCCAGUUUCCUCGCCUAAAUGUGGUUGUAUGCAGGAGAUCCUGUAAACGUGGAACCUUCAGAUCACCUACAAUUAUAAGCCUACUUAUUAAAAAUAGUACCUAAAUAAUUGCAUAACUGAAAAUGGAUGAAUCUCGUUCAUUAUGUAUAUUUCUGUCACAAUUAUUAGCAUCUCCCUAUAAUAGGUUUUUAUGAUAUAACAUAAAAGUUAUCACUUAAAAUAGGUAUGAUCAAAGUUAUGUAUUAAGCAUUUUAUCGGAAAUACUUUGGCUCAAGAGCUGAACGACAAGUAUAUUUUCACCUUAAUAAAUGUUAACAUUCAUAUCGCAAGGCCUCAGGAUCCAAUUUUUUUAGUUUAAUUAAUAAUAUGAAUUAUUUAACUUUUGAUGAAUUAUCUUAACUAAAACCUGGGCUUAAGGAUUAUUUCAUAAUCGUAUGAACGCAAUGUAAAUACUGCCGUAAGUCCAAUAUUUUUAACCAUAUCUGAACCACGACUUUAAAAUCGGUACAGCAGAAUUUAAAUUAGUGGUGGAUAUAAGGUAUAAAUGAGAUCUCAAUAGUCGUUCAGUUAAUGUAGCGAAAUUAGCAAAAACACCAUGACAACUCGUUAGACAAAAAAUAACAUUGUUAAAAUAAAGAAAUUGCGUGCGUAC